AUAAUAUGAUUUAUUUCAUCAUUCAGUGUAAAUGAAUCAGAUUUCUCUGUUUACUCUCCUGAAGCUCUGCCGUCAUCAGUGAAAGACAAAGACAGAGUUUAUUGAAGGACAGUGAGAAGAUGAGUGAUCCAGAACCCUGCAGAAUUAAACAGGAAGAGACUGAAGAACCAAUAGAUGUGAUGGUGGAGGAGGAGAGUGAAGUGCUGAGUGAAGAUGAGGAGAAACAUCAUGUCAAAAGUGAAGAAGUAACUCACACACAGACCGAAGAUAGUUUUUCAGCGAAAAUAACAACUGUAAAUGGUUUCACCUGCACUCAGUGUGGAAAGAGUUUGAGGCACAAAUAUGAUCUCAGUCGUCACAUGAGGAUCCACACUGGAGAGAAACCUUACAAGUGUUCCCACUGCGACAAGAGAUUCAGAUUUUCAGGAAAUGUUAAAAUCCAUGAGCGGAUUCACACUAGAGAGACAUCGUUCAUAUGUACUCAGUGUGGGAAGAGUUUCAUAGCUUCAUCAUCCCUUAAUCAACCCAUCCACACUGUAAACAAGUGUGAUCAAUGUGGCCAUACGUUUUCGAGGCCUUCACUGCUUGGAGUUCAUACAAAGGAGAAGCCUUAUUCGUGUUCUGAGUGUGGAAAGGGUUUCGUAAGGAAGACUAAUUUAAAACACCAUCAGAAGAUCCACACUGGUGUGAGAGAGUUUGUGUGCUUUGAGUGCGGGAAGAGUUUUUUCCGAGCUCCAGACCUGAGACAACAUCAUAUGAUUCACACUGGAGAGAAACCGUACAAGUGUUCACACUGCGACAUGAGAUUCAGAAAUACAGGACAUCUGAAGCAACAUGAGAGGAUCCACACUGGAGAGAAACCGUACACGUGUGCUCAGUGUGGGAAGUGUUUCAGAGCUUCGUCAUUCCUUAAAAUACACAAGCUGAUCCACACUGGAAAGAAAACACACAGAUGUGAUCAGUGCGGCAAAACAUAUUUGAGGCCUUACGAGCUGAAGCUCCAUCUCAGAGUUCAUGCAAAGGAGAAGCCUUAGUCGUUUUUCAAAUCAAUUAAAUUGAACUUUCUGAAAACUGUCCUCUGAAUUCAGUGGAAUAUUCAUUGGUUUGACUCCAGUAUGUUUCGUAAAAAGUGUUUUUAUUAAGCUUCAGAAUCACAGGCGCUCUUCUAAUAAUGUCCAGCUAGUGGCGCUUGAGAGGCUUUAGUUGCACAGCGUUUAAUAACCUAUGAUCUGAAAUCUAUGACAGUAAGUGUUUCCAAAAUUUUAACUUGUGGCAUGCUAAAACAAACAUCCUGUGGAGGAAAUAAGUAUUAAACACGUCACGAUUUUUCUCAGAAAACAUAUUCCUAAAGGUGCCAUUGACUUGAAAUUUUUCCCAGAUGUUGGUAACAAACAAAGAAAUCCAUUUAUGCGAUUAGAUAAAACAAAUCUAAUUAGUUUACAAAUGAAGUUACGUGUAUUAAAGUGAGAUUACACAGGGGAAAACUAUUGAACACGUGAAGGAAGGAAGGUGUAGUUUGGCAGUGAAAGCCCAGACAGCAGCUGAAAUCUCUCUUUAGUUCUUCAGCAACCCUCUGCCCUUCCUCAGUGUAAAUAACAACCCAGGAUCAUUCUGAAAAUGUAGUCACGUGGACGUUUCUGGAAACCGUGAAAUACGUCCCAGGAGGUACGUAUUUUUGCAGUUUUUGUUUUCGCGAAUCCACGAGAGGCCGCUGUGUGCGCUUUUUCGUAUCUCAAAUGUCUCUCGCGAGUGCCGUUCACGGCUGUUGUUCUCGCGUAAAUCUACCAGAGGCUGCUGUCAAACAACCGUCAGUCUGACUGGCUGAAUGAUUGACUGGGCGACCGGCCAAUCUGCUGACCCACCCUCCUCCUUCCCUAAACCCAACUAAUUUUACAGAUUGACCCACCCACCCGCUUACUUCCCUAACCCCAACCAACAAUUUACAAAAGCCACCCAGAAAAAGAAAAGCCCUCGUCUGAUUUUCACCACGUUUUCGGAUGUUACCACAUUCUCACCCUGUUGUGAACUUGUUCACUUUAUUUUCUGGAGUCUGUUUUUGUCUUGAUUUCUGAAACCGCUCUUCCCCGCACUCGAACCCGGUCGUCAUGGUCAGCUCCUCUCUGCAUCUCAAGUCCACCGACGUACACGAUGAGCUAACUGGACAAACUGGUUGCGGCGGGAAAGCCCUCCACACAGAGGUAAGCGGUCAGCCAGUAAGCGCAAAAAGGAAUGAUGUCAUUCCGCCCCGUAGCGUUCGCUUAAAAAAAAAUUAAAUGCAGCCAUACGUACCUCCGGCUGUAUAAUUCACAGUCUCCAGAAACGUCCACGGGACUACGUUUUCGGAAUGAGCCUGGGUUGGUAAAUGAAUAUCAGCUGCUUCAGUCCAACAUCUACAUUAGCAGGAGGAUGAAGAUGAAACCUUUCAGCAAGACAAUGAUCCAAAACACAGCCAAGGAGACUCUCAAAUGCUUUCAGAGAAAGAAAAUCAAGCUGUAGAAUGGCCCAGCCAAUCACCUGACCUGAAUCCAAUAGAAACUACAAAAUAAAGCCCAGAUUUGAUAGACAAGACCACAGAACCAUCAAGAUUUUGACACUUUCUGUUGAAGUCUGAGAAAAACUCACACCUGAGCAAUGCAUUCUCAGACGCAGCCUUUGUGAAUAAUAGUCUAAACCAGCCUUAGGACAAAGAAACAUUAUCUUAUAUUCUGACAACAGUUUCACUGUGGGAUUACUGAUAUAGUUCAUAUACUCAAGCUAAAUAUUGUAAUAUGAAGCUGCUCUUUCUAAUUCGGUUUUGAUUUAAGGAUUAAGUUCUUAAGCAUGUAUAAAUUGUGCAAGUCCAGGAAAGAGAUGCUUUACAUUUCCAAGAGAAGCCUAGAUUUAUUUGAACUUGUUUUUUUAUUUUUAAAAUAAGAUAGAAACUACAUGAUAUACAUUUGCGUUUGUUUUUUUACUUGCUUUAAGUCAUUUUCAUGAUGUUUUUUUUUUUCAUUCUUUUUUUUUAGUUAUAAAAAAGUUUCCUGAUUGUGGUUAUUUGCAAAGAUAAUAUUAUAUUUGUUCUGUUUGUCAGCUAUUAAGAAGUUUAUGUUGCUUUUUGGUUUCCUUAAAACUAAAACUACUGAGGCUGUCAUUUUGAUCAUUUUAAAUGUUUGCAAUUUAACAAUUUUGUUGAAAUAAACACAUCUAUAAUUCCCUCACUUUUCAUA